GUCAUAUUGCGGAAAAGUUUGAAGCUGCGUAACGCGCAAGAGCAGAGCCGGGCAAGCUGCGAGUGAGAGCCACGGGGAGAGAGAGAGAGGCAAGACAGAGAGAGGCAAGACGGAGAGAGAGAGAGAGAGCCACGGGGAGAGAGAGAGAGGCACGUAGCAAGAAAGAGACAUUAGCCGGAGACAACCAGAGAGUCGGUGAGACGAGACGGAACCAGAGGUGACACCGAGAGCGCAGCGACACACACGCGCUCACAACCACGCGGGGAGAGGAGAGAAGCGAAAGAGACGCAGAGUGAAGAUCGCAUUCGUACACAGAGAGUGAGAGAGAGAAACCCGUAGAAGACGGAGGGAAACCACAGAGGCAGAGACGCGAAAGAGGACCGCAGAGAGAGGGAGAUAGGCGGAGCGAACGCACUUGAUCUCACCUGAGCUCACCUCGUGGAAGUAGCCCCCGAGAUUUACUCCCAAGCUCAAGUCACCGCCGCGCAUUCGAGCAGCUGCACAGCACUGCGAGCGUGGCCGCCCUCACGGAUGGCGUAGCGACCGCCGCGAUGCACAUCACCGCCGCGGUUCUGACGAGCGGCGCGACCUGGCUCAGCGUGGCGGCGGCGGCGGCGGCGUCGGGGCCGUGGGUCCGGGCCCCGCAAGUCCUCGAGGCGGGAGGGGAGCUGGCACAGGAGUCUCCUCUCGUGCCGUUCGUGCCGGCACCGUCGCACCCCAACAAGUCCCAGGAGUGCUUCGGCACGCUGGGUCGCAGCUCGGUGCUGCAGGGGACCCCGUUCGGCGGAGUCGUCGCCGUCCUGGGCAUCAACUUCCUGCUGUGGAUGCUCCUCCUGCUCUUGUUCUCCGUGCUGCGCAAGAAGGCGUGGGACUACGGGCGCCUGGCGCUUCUCAACGACAACGAUCGACCCUUGGUGCAUGGCCGCUGGAAGAACUACGAUUUCCACGGGGGUCUCUACGAGGAGAGGGGUGCUCGUGAGCGCCUGGACUCCCAGUACAGCAUCACGGACUACGAGAGCAAGGACAAGGGUCUGUGCUCCUGGCUCACGGCCAUUUUCCGCAUCAAGGAUGACGAGGUGAAGUACAAGUGCGGCGCGGACGCGGUGCACUACCUGUCGUUCCAGCGGCACAUCAUCGCGCUGCUCGUCGUCGCCAGCAUCUUCUCCCUCGCCAUCAUCCUGCCCGUCAACUUCUCCGGGAACCUGCUGGGGAAUUCCCCGACAAACUUUGGCAGAACGACCAUCGCUAAUCUGGAGGCUGGGGACCGGCUGUUGUGGCUGCACAUCACGUUCGCCAUCGUGUACCUGCUGAUGACUGUGGGGCUCAUGCGCAGGCACACGGCCUCGCUGCAGUACGCCGAGGAGGAGCUGGUCACGAGGACCAUCUUCAUCCUCAACAUCCGCAAGGACGUCACGGACGAGGGCAAGAUCAUCGAGCACUUCCAGGAGGCGUACCCCUCGUGCAAGGUGAACCAGGUGCAGUUCUGCUACAACCUCUCCAAGCUGGUGCGACUCGACCGCGAGCGGAAGAAGGUGGCGAAGGCUCUGAAGUACUACGACGUGCGACCCGAGGGAGAGACCAUCGACCCGCGGCCGUGCGGGCACCUGUGCUGCUGCAAAUGCUGCGGGAACCACCAGGAGGUGGACGCGGUGGAGCACUACAAGGGGCUGAAGAACUCGCUGAGCGCCGAGUGUGAGAAGGAGCGCAGCAAGGUGCGCUCACAGCCGCUCGGCAUGGCCUUCGUCACGUUCCAGGACGACCGCACGACGUCCGACAUCCUGGCCGACUACAACUUGCUGCGCUGCUGGAGGAGACCGCACGUGUCGCGCCUCUCGGAGGAGCUCGGCGCCAGCAGCUGGAGGGUGCGCUACGCCCCGGACCCCAACUCCAUCAUUUGGGAGAACUUGCAGGUGCAGGGCUUGAUGUGGUGGUGCCGCGUGUUCGUGCUCAACGCUCUGCUCUUCCUCCUGCUCUUCUUCCUCACCACGCCCGCCAUCAUCGUCAACACCAUGGACAAGUUCAACGUCACCAAGCCCAUCGAGAGCCUCAACAGCCCAAUCGUCACCCAGUUCCUGCCCACGCUGCUCCUCUGGGCCUUCUCCGCCGUGCUGCCCUUCCUCGUCUACUACUCCGUUUUCCUCGAGUCGCACUGGACCCGCUCGACCGAGAAUCGCACCACCAUGCACAAGUGCUACUUCUACCUGAUCUUCAUGGUUCUCAUCCUGCCCUCGCUCGGGCUCACCAGCCUCAAUGUGUUCUUCCGCUGGCUGUUCGACAAGGAUUUCCUGGAACAAGGCUCGGUCCGUUUCGAGUGCGUCUUCCUGCCGGACAACGGCGCGUUCUUCGUGAAUUACGUCAUCACGUCGGCGUUCAUUGGCACGGCCAUGGAGCUGCUGCGGGUGCCGGGGCUCCUCCUGUACGCGCUGAGGCUCUGCUGGGCCCGAUCGAAGGCCGAGCGCAAGAACGUCAAGCAGGAGCAAGCGUACGAGUUCCAGUUCGGGCAGGCGUACGCCUGGAUGAUGUCCGUGCUCACCGUCGUCAUGACCUACAGCAUCACGUGUCCCAUCAUCCUCCUCUUCGGCCUCAUCUACAUCCUGCUCAAGCACAUGGUGGAUCGCUAUAACAUCUACUACGCCUACAUGCCGGCCAAGCUCAACCGGCAGAUCCACUCAGCCGCCGUGAACCAGGUGGUGGCGGCGCCCAUCCUCUGCAUCUGCUGGCUCCUCUUCUACUCGGUGCUGCGUCUCGGGCCCAGAAGCCACAUCACCAUCUUCACGUUCGUCGUGCUGCUCCUGACGGUCACCGUCUGCAUUGGACGAUCCUUCUUCGGCUACUUCAAGUACUGCAGCAUCCACAUCAACCAGAGCGCCUCCCGACAGCCUGCGGAAGACUCGAUCUCGAACGACGGCGUUGCCUACGCGCCCUCCUCACCGACCUACCAGGCGGCCAUGCUGUUGGAGGUGAUCAAUGGCGGGAAUGCGGAGGAGGAGGACGAGGAGGAGCUCGGGGAGACGCCGGGCCCCACGGGGCCAUCCUAUGGGGCCACGGAUACCGACGCUGCGAUCGAUGCCGCCAUCCAGCCGCGCGUCUCCGGCGUCUGGCUCCUGCAGGAAGAUAACGCCGUCGUGGACGGCGCCGGCGAUCAGCAGUAGCGAAAUUGGGCCUUCGCUGGGCCGCCUACGGGUCAGGAUUAGGGUUGCCACCUGUCCCCAGUUUCCUCAGGACAUCCUCUGUCCUGAAAAAUGUGUAAGUCCUCCCAUGACAUUAAAAGUCCAGGUUUUUGUCAGUUCCAUAAUAAUAAUCAUGCGCCACUCAAGAGACCACAUUUACACGUGGUUUGGAUGUCUUCCUGCAGUGUGAGAUGUGUCUUCUUCCCAUGAUAUGCUCCGGCUGUUUGUACCUCAGAGGUGGCAACCAUAAUCAGUCUGCAAUGACUCAACGCCUCGGCGAUUAGGGACGGCUCAUCACGAUUCCAGGAUCACGAUUCGACAAGCGAUUGUUUUUUGUUUACGGAUGUGGUGCAUGUGUGGCAUCUGUCGCGUAUACACAGUUGCCACGAACUAUUCGCAGGGUGCACGUGAAUUGGACGCGAUUGUCACGUGUCGCGACCCGACGCAUGUGUCAUGAGCGUGAGAGAAUCUGUGUUCGUCGAGGAAUCCGCGUAUCGAUGGCUCAUCGCAUCCCUCCCUCAAGGCCAUGACGCGCGAGGACAAUUUGCGUGCAAUCGUCACCGAUUAUAAAUUGCCGCGCUAUCUUUCGUUGUAAAUAAUGCCAACGAUGCAGUUGCCAUAAUCUGGACUGGUUAGAUGGCUGCUGCCCCCAAUUGAGGAUGGGCAACUUUUGAGGAUGGGCAACUUCCAGAGGUCACUUGACCACCGUAGGUUGCCUGCUCUGCAUGCCCAUGGACUUUCAUCAAAUAGUUUAGACAAUUUCCAUCAACGAUUGUGCUCCAAAAUUGCCCCGGUGCAUCAUGGAUAUGACGAGGUUUUAGCCGAGUGCGAUGGCGUGCACAUGUGAUCCAGCGACUUGUCAGUAGGAUGGGUGGAUCACACAGAGAUGGAACCUGUGUGAGACGAGCAGGACAUUGAGCUGCAUGUCUUCAAGAGGCAGGGUUUUUGGUUUAGCUGAAUAGCAAAGUCUGUGCAUUAUCUCCUUGCAUAUUCUGUGGGGUUUCUCUGGUCUCUGGUUUUCUCCCACGAAAGAAAUUGAUCGAAAGAGAAGUUGGCCAACCAUGUGAAAAGCAGGAGCCUCAUGAGUCUUGGGUCUCAAUAAGGCUUUUCCUGGAUGAACACAUUUUAUACAUAUUUAAAGCAGAUGUAUUUAUUACUUUGGGUUUUUUUGCACUAUAUAUAGCCAAACUUUGCAUGCAACGAUAUAUUAUGUAAAGAGAACAAGGGGAAUAAACGUUGUUUUUGCACAAGGCUCAGACUGUGACGAGGUGAUGUACAUAGGCAUGAGGCUGGCAGCAAACAACAGUUUCAGCCGCCCAAGAAUUAAAACUCGUCGUGAAAGAAAUCCGCUGAAGCCAUAUAAAGUAUUUCCACCAAAACGUAUUAUUUUUUUGUAAGAACGUUCAAGCGAAAAUCCCCCGAUAUUUAAACUCACGUAAGCUCGGCAGCAACAAGGGGGGGGGGUAGUUGGGGGGGUGGGUGGAUACUUUUAGUAACUAAACGUGCGGCGGCCUCUGUGGAUUUCUAUUGCCCAAUGAAACUUAUGGAGACACUGAAAAACAACGAACUUGUAUUUUAUUUUUUAAAGGCUGCUGCUGCUGCCCUUUUUAAUUUCUCUCGUCCGAGGGUUAUGGAACAACUCAGCCCUCGUGGGAAGCCACGCACAUUUCUGGGAGGUUCAAUCGGGACGCACGAUGAACCUGGGAAGCCAGCCGUCCUCCCGUUCGCCCCGGCCUCUUUCACAUCGCCAUGCCCCCGUUAAAUCACUGGUCCCAUCCACUCGGUGAGCAGCCUCCUUGCUCUACCUGUCGUUGGCACCGCCCGCCGUGUUUAAGCUGCACCCAUUAUUAUUAAGCCCCACCCACGACUCUGGUAGCCCCCCCCCCCCCCCAAACCUUUACCCCUGCAUAUUCGAGCGUGAGGCCAGAUCGUUUUAAAACAGGGGGGUGGUGGUGGUGGGGGAAAUCACGAUUCUUUUUUGUACCCCAAUAAUUCUGGACCCCAGGACAGUCCCGGCCCAACCAGGAAGGUUCGGGGAGGGGGGGCUUUAACGCGAGACCACUUGCAAGACGCUUCCACUGCGGCUCGUGCCUCCGAGACCUCCGCAUUGUGCCACAGCGAGGCCAUGCCCCCCCUCCCCCCCUGUGAGUUGCCACCGGCGGCGAUGCAUGGGCAGCUGUAGCAGCGGUCACUGCCGCACUUGCCCAAGGCACGAGGUCGGGUUGGAGCCGCGAUAGCCGUUCGCUCCACGGGUUAUCGAUUUGGUUGCUCGACUCGUCGCUUAACAUGACAUUUGUUGGGGGCGGGAAAUAUCGUUACCAUCUGUUUAUUUUUUACAUGUGCCGCUGGACGGGAGGUAAUGGGUGUGGGGUGUUGUAAUUGGGGUGUGGCUUAUAGGGGACGCCUCCCCCCCCCCCCACAUUUUUCUUUAUUGGCCCGAGUAAUUGACGUAAAAGAUUGUCGAUUAUCAUUUUAAUGUUCAUUCAUUGAUUUACUCGAAUAAUCGUGCCUGCUCUGGACGGGUUACAUUGGGUUUGCAUAGUGCCGGAGUCGAAGUGACCCAUUGAGUGGUCUUAUCGCCUGGCUGCUGGACCACGCUAUGCCCGUGGUUAUUAUGUGUAGUUAUUGUUGUGGAUUUUUCGUGGGUGACCGGACGAUGCUUUGUCCAAGACCACUUUUUUAAGGGAGGCAGCUAGUUCAGUGGCUAGGGGGGGUGGGGCAGUGCCCAGGUUCUUAAAAUGUUGUUUUGGCAGCAGCAGCACACCUCUGCCUGGGCAGAAGUUUGCGCUGCGUUGCCGCGUGUGACUUGGCAGGGUCUCAGCCCGAGUCUUGUUGACGGAGACACGAGCCCGGCCGGAUUAACUUGACUCAAGCAUCAGAGCCAUCGAAUACGGACAGCAGUUGCACUCGCCUGCGUGUGUGUGUGUCCCGUGUGUAGGUCUACUCGGCCUUAAUUGAGUACCUCGUGCGGUGUGUAAGCAUCAGCACCGGGGGGCGGGGGCAAAGGCUGCCUGGCAUGGUCCUUGCCUGCUAACCGCAACAAUCUGUGCGACCAUAGGAGAGGGGAUCUUUGUGUGUGGAGCGCUGGCGCCGUGGUUAGCGCAUUGCCCUAUGAACCCAGAGAAGCUGCGUUUACUGCCUUGGAGACGCAGGACCGGUUGGGGAUAUCACGUGUCCCUGGCGUUAGCCGAACCGGUCCCUGGGUCUGUCCCGGGUUGACUCGGCCUGAAAUGCAAUACCUGCCACGGUAGUGGAUCUGGCUCUUCGACUCCCACCGCACGACUCGUCGGCUCUGGAUAGGUGCUCGUUUCACAUUUACUUGCCAAGUCGAGAUAGGUAGGGAACUGUGUUUUUAUUAUUAUUAUAUAUUCACGUGCGUGAAAGUGAUCAGGACAUGAGCCAGUGGACAAACAUUUGACUGUUUGAGAUAUCUCCCCGGGAAAUGAUUCAAGCGCAGUUGUUUCUGCGCGCCUUUGUGCCGAACGAACACUGAUGUAUGCGUGCGUUGCGUGGGUGUAAGGUACACGGGUAGGCACGCGUUCACGCAUGUACGCAUGUACGUAUGUAUGCAUGUCAACGCGUGAACUGCAACAAACCUGGGUGACCUGGGCGGUGCUCACUUCACCCUGGUCGUUCUUGGACUUUGUUGAGCUGGGGUUUUCCACACUACACUGGAGGAAGGUUUUGACCCCUCACCCCUUAUCCCACCCCCUCCCAAUAGAGACCAAGGUGUCUGCUUGUUUAAAUGUCCUUUAUCCACGGAGUAGGGAUUCGGGAUGUGCUGUUGUGUAAUGUGAGUGUCCCAAGGGAAGCCUGCGGAACAACGUAUAAUUGUAUUCCCGAAAGGAAAAAAAAAACUAGACCCAUUUAUAUGGGGAAACUAAGGCAAUAACCCUAUGCAGGGUGUUAAUGUAUACACAACUGACCGUUGCAUGAAUGUGUUAACCUACAGACGGGACGGAGUACGGUCGAAUACGUGAGCUCAGUACGUCUGUAUCUGUAGUGGGGGGGAGGGCAUGAUAACUCUCGUAAACAUGAGCCGAUUUAUUGACGAUACAACUGCAGUAUAAAGUCGCGUUGCUAUUAAGGACAUAGCCAGUCUGAGACCGUACACAUUGAUCAAAGGUUUUCCCUUAGACCCUCCCCAGCAGAAGCCGCUGUGUCGUGGGCCCUGGGGUCUGUGUGGCCUACAGGGGGGCCCCCAUAUCACUUGGUGUGGGUGUGCCACCGUUGGUUGUUAUGAUGAUGAUGAUGAUGGUGUCCAUUGACAUACUUCUGAGGACAAAUGCGUGUUGGAAAGCGUUACAGAGUUCUUUCAUGUCCACGAUCUUGUUAAAUUCAGUUGCAGGUGACGAUAAAUUCUCCGGUAAAGAAUAUGAUACCAGCAGAUUUUGGCAAAAUGUUUUCACCAGAACGCCUUUGCGUGUGUACUUGUGCGUAUUUGUAUGUGUGUGAACAUCGCCACUGUGGAGACAAAGGCGGUCGGGCGUGGUGCAGGUCACCCACCCUCUUGUGUGACGUGCCGGCCUUCAUAGGUGCUCGCGUUACAACACUUGCCUCGACAGUCUGUUAAGGCUAUACGGGGGAUCUUUGUGUGUACCUGUGUAUAUCUCUGUGUGUACCUCUGUGUGUACCUGUGUGUACCUGUGUGCAUCUCUGCUUGGCGAAUACGAACGAUGGUCGUGAUCAUACGUGACAGCAUGAAAGAGCCGUCUGCUUUUCACCACUCACGCUGCCUUUCCUUGUUCUCAAACUGAAAAUAGCCCUGCAAUAGAACAGAGUGGAGGAGUUUGUGGGGGGGGGGGGGCAGAGCCGGCCCAGCCACUAAGCGACCCUUGCAAUUGCAAAGGGCCCCGUGGCCAGCAGAGGGCCCCCUAGAGUCACUGCUAGCUCGUGGGUGAAAAAAAAUCAUACAUCAAAGGGGCCUCCAACCAAAUUUUGCUUAGGGCCCCCAAAGGUCUAGGGCCGGUUCUGGGGGGGGGGGGGGGGGGGACACUGCAAAUGACAGAACAAGACACUCAGAUGGAACGCAUGUGCAAAAGUGAGCGGAAUACAGUCCGGGAUGACUGAUAUUACGGCGUUAUUUAUGUAUGCAAUCCAGUAUAUGGGUUUAUGAAAGUGCACGCACAACUUUUAGGUAUACAGUAUGUACACGUACGGAAAGUAUAGAGAUGUCUAUCCACGCCAUAUACUCAAAACUCAACCCCGGCUGUGAAUGUAUUCAGGAGCAGGGGAUGCCUGUGCGCUGGGCUGAUGAACCGUCUGGGGUCAAACAGCCACGUGAUGAUUCAGUCGUCGUGCGCGGGCAAUGGCAGCCAAUAAACGAUGAUGUGUUCUC